AUGAAUUUGGCUUUAUUGCUUCAGUCGAAGAUAGCCCUGCAGGGUCCGAACCAGGGCCAGAGCCUUAACGACACUCUAGGCACAAGCGGAGUGUUCACUGACUCGGGAUCGCUGGAGCUGCUGCGGGACUCCCGCUGGACCAACCAGAGCUACAUUGAGCCCAGUUCGUCGUACGGGGGAUCCAGUGGGAAUUUGAUUGCUGUCGACCAGUUGGCCGAAAACCAUCGGAAGUCCGCUGCGAGCAGUGAGGCCACGUGCACUUGGGUUGGGCAACUCCCCCCUAAGAACACGAAGAACCCUUUGUACAGUUGCAAGGUGUUCUUGGGAGGAGUACCAUGGGACAUCACUGAGCUACAGCUCCAGCAGCAGUUCAAGCAGUUCGGCCCCGUGACAGUCGACUGGCCGGGGAAAGACAAGAACCACUCUAAGAAUCCACCAAGUGGCUACGUGUACUUGAUCUUUGAGAAUGAGAAGGCGAUCAAGGCUCUGUUGAACAGCUGCACCAAUGACUUCUCUAAUAGCAAUGGCACUGGUUUGGGCCAGAAUGCGAGUGGGGAGUACUACUACAAAUUGUCCUCCAAACGCACCCGCUCCAAGGAGGUGCAAGUGAUCCCGUGGGCGGUGGGAGACAGCAACUACUCUCGGGUUCCCCAGGGUGCAAGAUGUGAGACUACAAGAACAGUGUUCGUGGGGGCACUGCACGGGAUGCUGAAUGCAGAGGCACUGGCCAGCAUCAUGAAUGAUCUGUUCGGAGGAGUCACUUUUGCAGGCAUAGACACUGACAAGUACAAGUACCCUAUAGGAUCUGGUCGAGUGGCAUUUAACAACGACCGGUCCUACAUGAAGGCAGUCUCAGCCGGUUUUAUCGAAAUCAAGGCAAACAAGUUCAACAAGAAGGUCCAGGUUGACCCCUAUCUGGACGACCAUUUGUGCAGUCAGUGCCAACAGGUCCAGGGUCAAUACUUCUGCCGAGAGGUCAUGUGCUUCACUUAUUACUGUCUGCCCUGUUGGAACUGGCACCAUUCAAUCGAGGCAUACAAGCCACAUGUGCCACUCACCCGCAACAGCAAGGUGAAGAACAACAUUGUGCCCCCUGUUACUGCUGUGAACAACAUGCCUGCGACCAACUUCGGCAUCAUGCAAGGAGAACACCACGGGGACACUUCAAGGGAUAACGGCAUCAAUGGUAUCACUCCAGCAUCGACAUCGGCCGCCUUCCAAUCCGCCCCCGGAGGUGUCGGAGUCGGAGGAGCCGCCGGAGGUCUUGGUUCACUCGGAGGGUGCGAGGGGGUGAACUUGACGACAAUGCUAGCAAACAUGGCAUCGGGAGGAGGACUUGGAUCUGGCGGAAACAUGUCAUGCGGAGGAACAGCCGGUCUGUUCCAGAACUCUGGAAAUAAUCUGGCAUCUACUAUUGAAGCGAUGAACUAAAUGUGGAAUGCUGAUGAGAAAAUGAAGAACUGAAGUUUUUGAUCAAUGUUUUCAUGUGUGGGUUCACGUGGAAACUUUUGACCCGAAAAGUAGUCGUUGAGUGAAUUCUACUCGUCUUAAAUUAAUGUGGGCUGGG